GUUCUUGGACAAAGCAGCUAUUAUUCAAACAUCACAACAACAAUAUGAAAACCCAAUUGAUCCAUGGAGACUUUGCAGAGUUACACAAGUAGAAAAUGCAAAAAUCUUGCUAAGCAUGAUACCAGUAUUUUGUUGUACAAUUAUCAUGACACUUUGUCUAGCUCAACUUCAGACAUUUUCAAUUCAACAAGGCUAUACCAUGGACACAAGGAUAACAAAUUCCUUUCAUAUACCACCUGCUUCAUUGCCAAUCAUCCCUAUUGUGUUCUUGAUCAUCAUCAUCCCCGUCUACGAUCAAAUCAUCGUUCCAAUCUUGCGCAAGUUUACCGGCAUUCCUACAGGCAUAACAUACUUGCAACGCGUUGGCGUUGGCUUAGUCCUCUCCGCGAUAUCCAUGACAGCAGCAUCGAUCUUAGAAGUCAAGCGCAAACAAGUAGCACGCGAUAACAACAUGCUCGAUGCAAUCUCAGGUCUACAACCAUUGCCUAUUAGUGUAUUUUGGCUCUCAAUCCAAUUCUUCAUAUUUGGCAUUGCAGACAUGUUCACUUAUGUUGGACUACUUGAAUUCUUUUACUCACAAGCACCAAAAGAAUUGAAAUCAGUUUCAUCAUGUUUCUUAUGGACAUCAAUGUCAAUAGGUUACUUCUUAAGUUCAAUUGUUGUCAAAGUUGUGAACAAAGCAACUAAGAAUGUUACAAAUAGUGGAGGGUGGUUAGUUGGGAAUAACUUUAAUAGGAAUCAUUUGAAUUUGUUUUAUUUGAUGUUGGCUAUGUUGUCUUGUUUGAAUUUUGUGGUGUAUUUGGUUGUUGCUAGUAAGUAUAAGUAUAGGGUGCAAAAAAGUGUUGGUGGUCAAGAUGAUAGUAGGGUACAUGCCCUAAAAGAUCAGAACAGUUUCUCUAUCUUCACGAGACAAGAGUAAAGCUACGUAUACGAAUGUCGAUCGUCAGAUUUCAUUUGUGAAAUUUCAGUGGAUAUGUUAUGAUGUCGUUAGAUCAGAACAGUUUCUCUAUCUUCUCGAGACAAGAGUAAGGCUAGACGAAUAUAACGUCCUCAGAUUUCAUUUGUGAAAUUUCAGUGGAUAUGUUAUGAUGUCGUCGAUGAAGAUUUAAAAGUGAGAUUUAUGUUCUUUGCUAUAUAUUAGCGAGGAAAUUAGUUUUUUUUCUUUUUAUCAUGUACUUGGAAAAUUUAAGUUGUUAUGAAAGUUGAAUCAUUUGAAUUUGUUUUACU